UAGUCACGUGGGUGUGUAGUGUGUCAUGGCGGCGUGCAGUGCAGGUUCACGUGGUCUGUUCGGUGAAGCAGUGCGGGCAGUGUUGGGGAGCUGGCCGGUGCUGCAGAUAGCUGUGGAAAAUGGAUUUGGAGGUGCCCACAGCCAGGAAAAAGCAGAGUGGAUGGUGGGAGCAGUGCAACAGUAUUUCCAGACUAAUUCUGACCUUGAGCAAUACGAGGUGGAGGAAACACUCUUGGGGAUGAUGAACGAUGAGUUUGACACACUUGUUGAAGAUGGGAGCCACUCUUUGAUUGCUCAGCAGCUCUGCGUGCUCUACUCACAGAGCCAGCGUGGGGAUACAGCGGUCGUGAGAGAAAAGAUCGCUCAGUUGAGUCAGAAAAAGUACAACGUCAAAGCCAACGUCCAGGAAGCAAAGGCUAGUGACGAAGAGGAUGAAAGUAGUGAAGAUGAAGCUGAGGACAUGGAUUGUGAGGCCACAGCGAGCAGCUCGUCUUCUGCACCCAGUGUUUCAGUGCCGGAGGUAACCAGGAAUGACCAAGAGGAGGAAGAGGAGGUAGAUGGGUGGACAGUUGUGCGACGGAAAAAAAAAUGAACCCUAUGGUUUUAACCGGGAGCUUCCUAGGAAUCGCAGCUAGAGGGUGCCCUUUUGCCCACCAUGGAACACAGGGACUAUUUAACUCUGUAGGAGAGUCUACGGGAAAUGCUUGGAACCCUGUAUAACCAACCGCCUUUUCACUUUAGCAACCUGGGACUCUUUGAAGAGCCUUUUGCAGACGUCAACAUUUUUGUGUGUGUGUUUUUCUGUUUUUAAUUGUGGUCAAGUGAUGUGCUCCAUCACCAGGUCACAUGUCUGAAUGUCUCGACCUUCUGGGCAGUGUGCAACGAUGCUGGGCAGUGUGACCUAUUCAGAUCUUUCUUUUCCUUAUUUUGCAUUUGGGGUGGCUAUGCAUUCGGUUGCUUUCGUACUUACAGAGAUGGGUUUUUCCACCCUGCUACACACUUCUCAUUAAUAUGAACUUCCUCUCUUAAAAUGUGUAUCCAAUGUGUAAACCUUUCUUUUUUUAAGAAUUUCACAAAACAUGAACAACUUCUAAAGUAAGUGAAUAUGCCCAUCAGAUAAUUCAUGUAAGAGAAUGUGUCAAACUGUUGUGUCCCCAGUUCCUGUCUGUGCCGGAGAUGCACCAAUAAUAAUGGUCUAUGUGUGAUGGGCUAAAUAUUGUAUUGUGAAAUUGGAUAAACUACAUUUUGAGGUCAGUGACAGGAAACACGAUGCAAAUCUUGUGUCGUGGUUUCAGGUUUCUGCACCGAGAGGAUGUCAUGUUACUGGAGGUUGAGGAGGAUGUUCUAAACUAAAGUGUUUUUUCAAAAGAAGAUACAUGCCAAUAUGGUGCUGACGUGCUUUGUACAGUUUGGUAAAAUAAACAGUAUGGCUGACGUUUUA